ACAGAACAGCAGGUGAACUCCACCUCUCUGCUCCUCAUCAAGACCAUUUCAAACCUGCAACAGGCAACACAUGAGAAAAUUUGUGAUGUACCUGGAACACGUGACAAAAAAAAUAGAAUCGGAUGAGAUACGUUUCUCACAGAAUGCUUAACAAAGGUCUCUACCAGAGGUUUUCUUCAGGACAUGUUUUUGUAAUUAAAGGCAGAUAAUGAGUGUUCAGAUCGGAGGAAAGAGGUCCCAGAGCCUCUCAGACCACCUGAUUCUUGAAGAAAACGAUGAAGGGGGAAUUGUCGUACAGAACAUUAGUGAUGCUUUUGUUGCAGAAGCUUCUGGUUUGAAGAAAGGGGAUGAGAUAGUUGGUGCAACCAUCUACUUUGACAAGCUCAAGAAAGAUGACGUGCUGAAGAUAAUGAAACUCACAGAGCCUUACAACGCGGAGAUGAAGGUUCAUACCAGAAAUGAGCUGAAAUCUCCAUAUGUGGCCUGGGCAACACCUGAUUUUAGCACCAGAACUCCUGAAGCAAUGCUUAUGAAUUCAGACUACAGCAAAUUAUUCAACAACAAGAUCAAGCGACACCUGAAGACAGCAUCCUCCUGUGAUGACAUUUUUUCUGCUUCGAAUGCAGACGUGAAAGCACCAGGAAUGCACGUGGACCGUUUGAAUGGAGGCAUGCAUGCAAAGUACAACUCAAUAAAUAUGUCAGGACCCAAUGUGUCUCCUCCAGAUGUAAGCCUCAAAGGUCCAAAACUGGAGCAUCCUAACUUUGAUGGUGAUUGGCCUAGUGCCAAUAUGGAGGCUUCAAAAAUCAAACUAAAGGGCCCUAAUGUAGAUCUGAAAGAAUCAAAGCUUAAUCUAGAAGCGCCAGAUCUUGCUGUUGAUGGACCAGGAGGAAAAUUUAAAAUGCCGACCUUGAAGAUGCCUGACUUUGGACUAUCAGGACCCAAAGUGAAAGGGCCUGAUUUGGAUGCAAACAUGAAGACUCCUGAUUUAAACAUCAGGGCUCCAAAGGUAAAGGGAGGAAUCAGUGCUCCUGAUAUUGAUGUGAAUAUGCCAAAGGCUGAACUUAAAGGUCCAAAACUGGAUAUGAAAGCCCCAGAUGUUGAUCUUGAUGGACCAGGAGGAAAAUUCAAAAUGCCGACCUUUAAUAUGCCUGACUUUGGACUCUCAGGACCCAAAGUGAAAGGGCCUGAUUUGGAUGCAAACAUGAAGACUCCUGAUUUAAACAUCAGGGCUCCAAAGGUAAAGGGAGGAAUCAGUGCUCCUGAUAUUGAUGUGAAUAUGCCAAAGGCUGAACUUAAAGGUCCAAAACUGGAUAUGAAAGCCCCAGAUGUUGAUCUUGAUGGACCAGGAGGAAAAUUCAAAAUGCCAAGCUUGAAGAUGCCUGACUUUGGACUAUCAGGACCCAAAGUGAAAGGGCCUGAUUUGGAUGCAAACAUGAAGACUCCUGAUUUAAACAUCAGGGCUCCAAAGGUGAAGGGAGGAAUCAGUGCUCCUGAUAUUGAUGUGAAUAUGCCAAAGGCUGAACUUAAAGGUCCAAAGCUGGAUAUGAAAGCCCCAGAUGUUGAUCUUGGUGGACCAGGAGGAAAAUUCAAAAUGCCAAGCUUGAAGAUGCCUGACUUUGGACUAUCAGGACCCAAAGUGAAAGGGCCUGAUUUGGAUGCAAACAUGAAGACUCCUGAUUUAAACAUCAGGGCUCCAAAGGUGAAGGGAGGAAUCAGUGCUCCUGAUAUUGAUGUGAAUAUGCCAAAGGCUGAACUUAAGAGUCCAAAGCUGGAUAUGAAAGCCCCAGAUGUUGAUCUUGAUGGACCAGGAGGAAGAUUCAAAAUGCCGACUUUUAAGAUGCCUGACUUUGGACUAUCAGGACCCAAAGUGAAAGCACCUGAUUUGGACCUGGAUGCAAACAUGAAGACUCCUGAUUUAAACAUCAGGGCUCCAAAGGUAAAGGGAGGAAUCAGUGCUCCUGAUAUUGAUGUGAAUAUGCCAAAGGCUGAACUUAAAGGUCCAAAGCUGGAUAUGAAAGCCCCAGAUGUUGAUCUUGGUGGACCAGGAGGAAAAUUCAAAAUGCCAAGCUUGAAGAUGCCUGACUUUGGACUAUCAGGACCCAAAGUGAAAGGGCCUGAUUUGGAUGCAAACAUGAAGACUCCUGAUUUAAACAUCAGGGCUCCAAAGGUGAAGGGAGGAAUCAGUGCUCCUGAUAUUGAUGUGAAUAUGCCAAAGGCUGAACUUAAAGGUCCAAAGCUGGAUAUGAAAGCCCCAGAUGUUGAUCUUGAUGGACCAGGAGGAAAAUUCAAAAUGCCGACCUUUAAUAUGCCUGACUUUGGACUAUCAGGACCCAAAGUGAAAGGGCCUGAUUUGGAUGCAAACAUGAAGACUCCUGAUUUAAACAUCAGGGCUCCAAAGGUAAAGGGAGGAAUCAGUGCUCCUGAUAUUGAUGUGAAUAUGCCAAAGGCUGAACUUAAGAGUCCAAAGCUGGAUAUGAAAGCCCCAGAUGUUGAUCUUGAUGGACCAGGAGGAAGAUUCAAAAUGCCGACUUUUAAGAUGCCUGACUUUGGACUAUCAGGACCCAAAGUGAAAGGGCCUGAUUUGGAUGCAAACAUGAAGACUCCUGAUUUAAACAUCAGGGCUCCAAAGGUAAAGGGAGGAAUCAGUGCUCCUGAUAUUGAUGUGAAUAUGCCAAAGGCUGAACUUAAAGGUCCAAAGCUGGAUAUGAAAGCCCCAGAUGUUGAUCUUGAUGGACCAGGAGGAAAAUUCAAAAUGCCAAGCUUGAAGAUGCCUGACUUUGGACUAUCAGGACCCAAAGUGAAAGGGCCUGAUUUGGAUGCAAACAUGAAGACUCCUGAUUUAAACAUCAGGGCUCCAAAGGUGAAGGGAGGAAUCAGUGCUCCUGAUAUUGAUGUGAAUAUGCCAAAGGCUGAACUUAAAGGUCCAAAGCUGGAUAUGAAAGCCCCAGAUGUUGAUCUUGGUGGACCAGGAGGAAAAUUCAAAAUGCCGACCUUUAAUAUGCCUGACUUUGGACUAUCAGGACCCAAAGUGAAAGGACCUGAUUUGGAUGCAAACAUGAAGACUCCUGAUUUAAACAUCAGGGCUCCAAAGGUAAAGGGAGGAAUCAGUGCUCCUGAUAUUGAUGUGAAUAUGCCAAAGGCUGAACUUAAGAGUCCAAAGCUGGAUAUGAAAGCCCCAGAUGUUGAUCUUGAUGGACCAGGAGGAAAAUUCAAAAUGCCGACCUUUAAUAUGCCUGACUUUGGACUAUCAGGACCCAAAGUGAAAGGGCCUGAUUUGGAUGCAAACAUGAAGACUCCUGAUUUAAACAUUAGGGCUCCAAAGGUAAAGGGAGGAAUCAGUGCUCCUGAUAUUGAUGUGAAUAUGCCAAAGGCUGAACUUAAAGGUCCAAAGCUGGAUAUGAAAGCCCCAGAUGUUGAUCUUGAUGGACCAGGAGGAAAAUUCAAAAUGCCGACCUUGAAGAUGCCUGACUUUGGACUAUCAGGACCCAAAGCGAAAGGACCUGAUUUGGAUUUAGAUGCAAAUGUGAAUAUGCCGGAUAUCAAUAUGACAGCACCAAAGAUAGCAGGUGACCUAAAGGGCCCCAAAGUAGAUUUGCCUGAAGGAAGUUUGAAAGGUCCGAAGAUUAAUAUGCCAUCCCUGAACCUUUCUGGUCCUCAACUAUCUUCUCCAGAUGCCAAUUUAAAUCUGAAAACACCAAAACUCGAGGGUGACGUAAAUCUUUCUGGCCCAAAACUACAAAGUGAUGUAAAGGGACCUAGUUUUGAUGUAAAAGGUCCAAAUGUUGAUAUCAAUAAACCAGAUGUAAAAAUUGGAACCCCAGAAGGAAAAAUGAAAUUCCCCAAAUUAAAAUUCCCAUCCUUUGGAUUUUCAGGACCUAAAGUAAAAUCACCUGAUGUGAAUGUCGAUCCUUAUGUCAAAACACCAAAUGUAGAUGUUUCAGUUCCAAAAGUCAAGGGUGGUAUAAGCACUCCGAAACUGGAUGUGAAAUCACCAACAGCACAGGCUGGGUUAAACAUUCCUGAUGUUGACCUUGAUGUUCCUAACCCAAAACUGAAGGGUUCAAAGUUUAAAUUACCAUUUAGCUUUCCUAAAAUGUAUACUGGGGAUGCUGACCUCAAUGUAAAGGGGGAAAUUGAUACACCUACCCUUAAAGGUGACAUCAAAGGCGCAAAUUUUGAUGUUAAUGCUCCUAACAUAGGUGGCAUUAAGGGUCCAAAAGUAGAUGUUGACUUACCUAAUGCUAAUAUGAAAGGCAAGAAGUUUAACAUGCCAGAAUUGUCUUUAUCUGGACCUGAUCUUAAUGCACCCAACCUUAAAGGAGACCUAUCUGCUCCAAAGUUACAAGGUGAUCUGAAAGGACCAAACUUUGACAUGAAUAGCCCAGAUUUUGAUGUUGAAAGUCCAGAGGGAAAAUACAAAUUUCCAAAAAUAAAAUUUCCCACCUUUGGAAGAAAUAAAGAGCUUGAUAUGGAUGCAAAGCUCAAGUCACCAGAUGUGAAUCUUAAAACAACCAGAGUAAGUGAUCUAAAAGCACAAAAUGUAAAUGUAAAUUUACCUGAUGCAGAUAUUAAAGGGCCAAAGCUCAAUUUGUCAUCACUUGAUGCUCCAGAUGUAGACCUUAACUUGAAAAUACCCCAAAUUAAAGGGGAUAUUAAUGGUCCAAAUGUUAAUUAUUCAGGGCCCAAAGUCUCAGCUCCUAAAGCAGACUUCAGUCUUCAAUCACCAAAAAUGAAAAGUGAUCUAGGAAUAUCUGGACCAAUUAUUAAAGGCCAGGUCCCAGAUUUAGAGGUGGAUGUCAGUGGUCCAAAAGUAAAUACUAGUGCAGAUGGUCAAAUUACAAGGGGUACUUUUAAAGUAAACAAGGCUGUACCUGAAGCUGAAGUUGACAGUCCAGUCAUAGACAAGAAUUUACUCCCAAGGUUUAGUAGCAGUACUGAUGUCGUUCAAGAUGACAGAUCAAAUUCCUUCAGCUUUUCAGAUUUUCUCGGUUUUGGCAGUAAGAAAGGUUCAGCAGAUAUAACCACGGAAGGCAGUACAUCUCCAUCUACAUCCUCCAAAUUACGUUUGCCAGAACUUGACUUGUCAUUUGUCUAGUGAUUGGUCAUCAUCUGUACAUUUUCAAAUGGCAUAUGACGGUCAAAUCCCAGAAGCCUAAACCUAACAUUGAAAAGAUGUUACUGUUUUUAACGCUAACAUUUUUUUUUCCUUUUUUGUAAAUAUAAACAAACGUAAAAUAAAAAAUAAAAAAAAACACAAAUCUAAACUCUAAUAGCUCAAUCGUAAUGUACUCUGGGAAUGUAGUUUAUUGGUGUCCACUGCCCACUGUUAAUCAUACAUUAAAAACUACAAAUCCCAUACCCCGCUAAUUUCACAGAGGAAAAUAACAAAUUAUUUUGCCUGGUGCUUACUGUAUUUGAAAGUGUAUCUAUUAAUAUAUUAAUAUUUAUAAAUAUUUACAAAUGCAGGCUAGUUGCUUUCUACAUACGUUUUUAAUGUAACAACCUAGCCCUAAUAUCCCUAUAAUAUUAGUUGAUUAAAGACAACUAAACCUUAACAGAGAUAAUAAGGCUUAAAGUUCUUAGUUCGUCCCAAUAAGCUUUCUAUUUUGUAGUCACAACGUUUUUGAACAUAUCCUUGGACUUUCGGUUUUUUGCACAAUGUAAUUUCAACAUACUUUGUUAUUUGGCUGUCAACCUUCCCACCAGUCUAAUAAUAGCAUGCGAUCAACCUCACACAAGUCAACCACAGCCUAGAGCAACAGCAGCAAUAUCAUCAGCCGUAUUGAUUCACCAAACUGUCGUUGUUAAAUGCCCCGCACCGAUGAGCGCCAAGAGAUGUCACUUCCGACUCAGCGAUGCAGUGCACCGAUGAAUAAAACAACGCAGCCUUUCAUGUCAUUGGAUAAGUUUAAAAAGAAAACAGCGAUGAACAAAAUUCAGAUAUGUCGGCGUCUUUACAAGAAACGAGCAAUGAAUGUAUUAUUAUUAUUAUUAUUAUUAUUAUUAUUAUUAUUAUUUCGAUGUUUCCAGUAAUGAAAAAGGUUACACAUGUCUACAGGGACUGAAUGUAUGUGUACUAAUAUAGUGUUUAAAUAUGUAUCAUGUACUUAAAACAAUAAUAUAUGUAAAAAAUGUUUUAAUCUUUACCCGAAAAAGAUCUGGGUACCCGGUUCUGGAUUUUCUGCUUGUGCCGACCUCUAAUUUUAUAUAUAUAUAUAUAUAUAUAUAUUGUAGCGAUCUCGGUUCCCACAGGCAGGUGCAUCACACAGGGCAAGGCAAUCCACACACAGACGGGGGGCAGGCGCAAACCCGGGACCUGUCACACUAAAGCACAGCGCCGAUACCGCUGUACAAAAGAGCCAGCUCCUUUGCAAGGAGCGUAUAUCAGGCUUAUGUUUCUGUGUGUGAUUACGUCACCUACCAACCCUACUGCUGCCUUCCCCCGUGCACGCUACAACAUAUUAUAUAUAUAUAUAUAUAUAUAUAUAUAUAUAUAUAUAUAUAUAUAUAUAUAUAUAUAUAUAUUUCAAAUGAGUGCCAGUAGUAAUAUAAAUAAGUAAUAUUUUUCUGUAUGUCUGAAAUGUAUCCCAAUCAUGUAAAAUUUCAUUCACACUAUCAAUGAAGGAUUAAUAAGCUAUGUAUGUCAAUAGGUUUGCUAUUUAUUAUUGAUGAUUGUUAGCAAUUUUUUUUAACACCAAUCAAUAACAGAUUCAUGGAGAAUAAAAUCAAGUUUUAAAGUAAUUCAUGAGUUAACUAUUUGUGAAUAGUGCCUCAUAGUAGCAUAAUAUAUUUUAAAUGAAGGGAAAUUUUUGUGUUGGGUUUCUGUAUAUGUGUAACACUCAUAUCUUUUACAAAGGUAUCCAAUAAAAGUUUUUUUUUUUUAAA